AUGAAGUUAAGUAAUCUUUUGCUUGGUGUCGCUUCUGCUACUGCAGUUGUGUCUGCAGCAGAGCCUCCUUCAACGGUUACGGUUACAGUAACUGGUUCUACUCAGACUCACAAGUAUGGAAGAUUUGAUAAGACUAAGAAAUCCAGUUCAUCAUCAUCAUCCGGUACCCACAAAUACGGUAGAUUUGAUAAGACUAAGGCAUCUAGCAGUCCUUCGUCUUCUGGAACUCACAAGUACGGAAGAUUUGAUAAGACCAAGAGAUCCAGUUCAUCAUCAUCAUCCGGUACCCACAAAUACGGUAGAUUUGAUAAGACAAAGGCAUCUAGCAGUCCUUCGUCUUCUGGUACUCAUAAAUACGGAAGAUUUGAUAAGACUAAGAGGUCUAGUUCUUCCUCAUCAUCCGGUACUCACAAAUACGGUAGAUUUGAUAAGACUAAAAACCCAGUUACUACCACUGUCUUUGUUGAUCAACUGAGGUUAGUUAAAUACGAUAGUGUAUCCAAUGGCUCAUCCAAUAGCUCAACUUCAUCUGAAAACCAAGCUAACUUUGCUGCUGGCUAUGGUUUGGGUGCAGCUGGUGUUCUUGCAGCUGGAUUAGUCUUGGUCCUUUGA